ACUUUUAAUACCAUAAUCAAUCAACUACUACUCCGUAGUAAAAAUCUUUAGAUUUAUACGGCCAUACGUACGUGAGUAGAAUACGGUCGCUGAGCCGUUUUGCCUCCAUCCAUACGUACUGUAUAUAUACAACAAGGCAUGGAGGAUAAUAACCUAAUGAAAAGCAUAACCGCUAGAGUUUGAUGGAGCAUAAUCUCCAUUAAUUUGCCCCCACGCACACACGUUUGGCAUGCCCCUGUGCAUGAUCCAUUCAUGAUCGACCCAACAAAGCCGGCCUCUUCCUCUCCCUCUUCCACUUGUUGAAAUACUCUCAGUUAAGCUUAAGCACCACCUCCUUCUUCUUCGUCUUCCUCUUCUUUCUCACGCCAAGAAGCCCACCGGUCGACAAGGGAGCAAGAAAGAAACCGUUGAUUCGGAGUAUUAAUCAAUCGACCAAGGUGAUCCAAGGCCAGGACUUGAUUAAUUUCAUAAUUUGUUCUGCAUGGGGCAAGAAGCAGCAGUGGCCGUGGCCGUGCCGCCGCCAGUCGCCGGCGUGCAAAAGGUUUUCUCGUGGGAGCACGAGACGGCCAUGGCGCGGAAGCAACCGGCGGCGCCGGAGAGCCUGAAGAAGCCGCCGGUGGCGCGGGUACUCUCGGUGCCGCCGCCGCCGGGCCGGCCGGCGGCGACGAGGAUGAGCUUCUCAAGGGCUGUCCGGCCGGAGGAGGACCCGUUCCUGGCGGCCUACCUGGCCUGCACCAAGAGCGGCGGCGGCGGUUGCCAGAGGAGGACGAAGAUGGCGCUGGAGACGAAGGGCACACAGAGCCGGCGGUCCGGGUGGGCCAGGCUCGGGCUUGGGCUCGGGCUGUCGUGCAAGAGGUCGACGUCCAAUGGGGUGGUGGAGGAGAGCAUGGUGAGGCUGGUUAAGCUGCCUGAGCUUGACCCUAGAGACGACGCUUGAAUCUUGAUUGAUUGAUUACUACCUCCUAAAUCCUGAUUAGUAUUUCUUCUUCGCUGUUAUGGUUUCUAGCUAGCUAGUGUUUGGUUAAGGACGUGUGACAGUUAAAUUUGGUGAUUAGAAGAAGAACCAAGUUGCAGAGUUCAGAGUAAUCAAACACACUUUGUAUGCGUGUGUCUUCUGUCUGUGUGAUGAAGAAACUGAAGCUUCAGUUCAAUUCAGUUCUUUCUGCUCUGAAAGAGAUUCGCAGCAAUACUAGCUCUUCA